AACUGCCAAGGGGAAAUGUGGUUCCAGAGCCAAAUUGUUGGUUCAGCCCCCGUCUACUCCGGGGUGGUGCUUAGCCGGCGCCAGACCGACCCUCGACUUCGGAGGGGCAGUGCCGUUCCUCUGGGCGCUUCCUCGGCGGCCGCUUCGGCUCCUUCAGCCUCCUCGGCCUCCUCGGCCUCCUCAGCCUCCGCCGGGACCCGAGACCUCGGUGUAUGCCCCACCCCUGACCCCGCUAGAGAUAUGUCCACCCCGGCUCGGCGGCGCCUCAUGAGGGACUUCAAGAGGUUGCAGGAGGAUCCUCCAGCUGGAGUCAGCGGGGCUCCGUCCGAGAACAACAUAAUGGUUUGGAACGCGGUCAUUUUCGGGCCUGAAGGGACCCCGUUUGAGGAUGGAACAUUUAAGCUUACAAUCGAAUUCACUGAAGAAUAUCCAAAUAAACCACCUACGGUUAGAUUUGUCUCUAAGAUGUUUCAUCCAAAUGUCUAUGCAGAUGGUAGUAUAUGUCUGGACAUACUUCAGAACCGCUGGAGUCCAACCUAUGAUGUGUCUUCCAUUUUAACAUCCAUACAGUCCCUAUUGGAUGAACCCAAUCCCAAUAGUCCAGCAAACAGCCAGGCUGCUCAGCUGUACCAGGAGAACAAGCGGGAGUAUGAAAAACGUGUUUCUGCGAUAGUAGAACAGAGCUGGCGUGACUGUUGACCCGGGUGCAGCAGAAGAAGAGGCUGGUCAUAAGGAAAAUAUAUAUUGAUGUGUUUGUCACCUUCCUGUUCCUCAAUGUCAUUACAUUACUUUAUUAAAAGCAAAAUAGCUGUUGUGCUGUUUCCAUCUUCCCUUGCCGAGCUUUCCCUAGCCCUUCUACCCUCUCCUUGAACCUCAGCAAACACCCUCUCUGAGAUCAAAUGUACUGUACCUGGGUUACGUGCGAACAUUACUAACGCUUCACCCCCUCUCUGUUGUGUCUCAGCUCCGGUUGUAGGGCAGUAUUGUGUUACCGUACUUUACACUAAGCUUUUAAAGUGAAUUGUUACACAAGUGGUGCUUAUGCAUAGCUUGAUGACCAGGAUGUGAUUUUUAACAAAAGGAUUGCUGAAGUGUUUCAUCCUGCCUGGUCCUUCACUUGUGUUGGAUUUAGAAGUGAAUGUCUGGAAUAUGGCCUAUGGAAAACAGGGGAACAAAUCCACAUAAGCAUCCAUUCUGAAAGAGCAGUGGAGGCUAAAAAUGCUAUUAUACUAAGAUCCAACCAAAAUUAAUUACAAGAUGGCUUUUACUGGUACGAAGGAAAAAGUUAAAGGACUUGGCCAAAGGAACGCAGCAAUAACUGUAACUGACACAUCCUCUCCUUGCAAGAUAUUCACUGGGCUCACCCAUGCUAAGUUUCGGAAUACUGAAGUCUUCUGGGUUUUUGCUUUUUAAAGAGGUGUGGGAGCAGAGGAAUGGAAACAAUCAUUCGUUUUUAAGCUAGGGAAGGUGGGAGAUCCUUUAAUCUUUUUAAGGGAGCAGUGCCACCCUAGACAAAUUUAUAAUCCCCCAUCAUUUUGUUAGAGUUUUAGUUAACCCAAGGAAGGGAGCAUAUCUGUGGCAAACUAUUUUCCACUCAAAUCCUGAGUUAAUGCUGCAUGCUUUAGUUUCGUCUUCCCUUUCAGUAUUAUAAGAACUUCGAAGUCACAUUUGUGAUCUUUCGUUGGCUAUUUAUACUUUAGAUAGUACCUUUAAGUAGCAGUGUGGGACAAGGCUUGUACAUGUUUUGUCUAAUGUUCCAUCGUCACCUUUUGUGUAUUUGUCACUCUUCUAAAUCUAACUUUGCACAAGUAACCCAUGUAAAAAAUGUACAUUUUUCAAAACUUGUAAAUAAAAAUAACCUUAAAAUUU